AUGGGAGGAUGCCAAUGACAAGCUUAGUCAUCUCUGUAGACGUUGAUGUGCUGGUGUAUGAGGUGCACCACUCACUGUGAGACUAGCAUAUGUGUGCUGUGUUGUUGAUAUGUAUGUUGGAAAAACUAUCAGGAAGUAUCGCCUACUUUGUGUGCAGGAUUAUAAUGCUAGUUUGUAAACAGGAUUAUAACACCGCUUUCUAUGCUACUUUGUGAACAAACUGGUACAAGUUGUCUUGUACCUGGUGAACAACAUCUCGUUAAUUUCUCGUCGAUACGGGACGAAUGAUGACCAAUGACAUGGCUUCUACAGUUGAAGUACCAACUAAGUAACCUUGACAGUGGUUAAUGGGUUAAUGUCAAGCGGAGUUGUUGGCCUUUGGAAGAACUCUUUUUUUCUACGACGGCAGAGUUAUAGAGUUACUAGACAGCAUAGCCAAUAGACUUGCUAACAACCGUAGCAUUCAUCAUGCAUACAAAAAGUGCAAACCUGGAAAACUCAUUGGAAACUGCUUAGCCCUUGAGACGUGUGAUCACAUUUGUAAAGUGCUGUAUCAAGAUUUAGACAAGAUAACAAGUGCACGUGAAUUUGGAGAUAUAUGAUUGGAGGAAACUUAAGUUUUUUCAUUCCCGUUGUGAACGUUAUCAUCCUGAAUACGUCCUGGAGAUAAGGUGUGCCUUCCCUGUGUUAUACCAACACGUGAAACAGUAGGAACGUUCUUUUUCAAACAUCAACUUCUUUUAUGCGAUUCCAAUACUUCUUAUAUUGAAGACAUGCUGACGUCAUGGUGUUUAAAAAUGGAUAGGCCAUCAUCGGUUGUGAUAACAAAGAUGUCCUGUAAGAUCGUAAGCUAACGCGAGUUGUUGGCAUCCUACUGGGACAAUUAUUAACAGGAAGCCUGAAGGUUUUUCUCUCGAGACAAGAUAAGUUUGAGAUAUACACCAGUUGUGUCAUAAAUCUCUCCGUACUGCCAUCGCCCACCACGGAGAAAAUAUUACCCAUGGUGCCAACAUGAAAAACGGACGUCCGAUUGAUCUUUUUUCGUAUGUUCUUAAUGCCCUAGCGAUGGAGGUAAAAUAUUAAUGUCGGAAUAAUUGUUGGUUUUAAUCUGCAUUAAAGCUACCAAUUUCAAGAUGGCUACCGGUGAUAAAUUAAUGCGAGAAAUCAGUGAUCAGUUUCUACAGUGUAAGAUUUGUUUUGAACCGUUUAAGAACCCCAAAACGUUGGUAUGUUUACAUACGUUUUGUAUAGAAUGUCUUCAGCAACACGUGGAUGCCGAGGGAUCGCGCUCUCGGUUUUCCUUGUACAACCGGUACGUAACGUGUCCAAUAUGUCGCCGAAAAACGGAUAUUCCGACAGGAGGAAUACGUCGACUCCCGGACAACUUCCUCCUAUCAAAUCUAACAGAGAUCAUCGACAGGAGACGACCUUCAAAAAUCCCACCGUGUGAAAUAUGUCAUACUGUUCGAACACGCACAAACGAUGCAUGUGCAAAGUGUCUCGAUUGCUCGAAACUUUUGUGUAAGACUUGUGUGACCCUGCACCACGAGACCAAGGUCACACAGCAACACAGUCUUAUAGAUGUGGAGGGUGAGAAGGACAUUGAGUGUAAGGCUCACCCGGAGGAGAACGUGCGCUUCUAUUGUGAACCUUGUGAUACGUGUAUCUGUAUCGUCUGCACGUUUCAAGAGCAUCGUGACCAUGAUAUAUGCUCGUUUAAUGACGGUUAUGUCAAAUAUAAAGCUGCCAUGCAAGAUCUUCUGGACAAGUCUAAAGGUCGGAUUACAGACAUCACCGAUCGUAUAGAGGUCAUCAAUAGGUGUGAAAACGGCAUGAAGAGAACCCGCGAGAAUAUACGAGAUUUAGCGAUAAGCUAUAUCCAGCAAGUUAGAUCGACGGAGCGAGAACUGCUGAAAAGUGUGGACGAAUAUUUUGGAGAAAAUAUUACAGACUUUCUCAAACAUCGUGAAAGGUUACAGGAAAACGUAGACGAGCUUCAAAGUGCUUCGAAUUUAACAGAAAUUAUAAUGAGAGACAGAGGAGUGGAACUGUUGCUUUUGAAGCGUGAAAUGGAAAGCAAGCUUCAAUCGUUGAUGGAACCAGACCUGCCUAACUUACCGUCCGACGAUAUGAUUGAUAUACACUUCAACCCCGGCAGUGUCCAUUUUGGUUCAUUGUCUUUCCAGGAGGACGACAAUAAAGAGCAAAACGACUUUCUCACGAACGAAAAUUUAAAAAGUAAAAAAUCCAUGGAAAAAUCCGCGACAAGGCCAGAACUUGUAACAAGUGACACACAGACAGAUCCGGUUAUAACGAGCGAAGAAAGCAUGCCGGUAAAAGAACGUCCCGUGAAAACACGUGACAUGGGUGUGACUGUAAUUACUAAUGGGUAUGCAAAUAACGAAAACGGUGAAAGGACAUCCUCGCGAAAACGACGCUCAACCGACAAUGCGACCUGCAACGGAGUAAAGACGUGUAAUCAGGAGACCUCCACGACUGUGACGUCAUCAGAUGUGGCUCUUAACACACAGGCUAUCCCUAUGAUUCACAAGGGUCUGCAGGUAUACAGUGACCCGGGAACGCCGGGAUCUGGAAUAUGUGCUAAGUGUUGCGAGGACCUGUCCACUACUGCGCCAUUCGUUGGAGAGGCGCCAAAGAUACAGGACAUCAUCAUCCUCAAUACCACGGACAAUGAUAGUCGGGAUUCAAGGAGACGCAGGCGACUUCUAAUACGUAGCAAGCGGGUACAGACCGACCUCACGAUGACGGGAGGCAACCUCUUGGAGGACAAGUCCAAGUCGCUGCCAAUGUUGGCGCAGUUGCCAAACAGGAGCCUGUCAUGUGAGGAUACAUCGUUUUCAAGACCAGAAAUGCGUAACAUCGCUUUGGAUCCCAUAAACUGUGACGAUCAAGGAAGAAGAUUUCGCCGUCGGAUGCGCGAUAAGACUACGAUGACUAUCGAAGAAGAUAAAAAAGUGGUCGAAACAUGUGACGCUACGACAUACACGUACCCUUCCAGACUCAGAAGUUUCGGGACGUGUACUCGCGUGGAGAUGAGUACUGUGGAUACUCAGACUUUCAGGGUCAAUCAGGUAUCUCGGUCAAUGGGCACGGACUAUGCGGGUCAGAUUGACCAAUGCAUUGGAACAAGUAUGAUUAAGAUGAUAGACAGCGAAACCACCAUGCCCUCGGUCGUACACGACAACAAGGGAACGUGGACUGAGGCCCUCAAUACAUCAGAACGAUCAAUGUGCACAGACAAUUGUGAAACAACAGAAACAAGCGUUGAGACGAUGAAACCGGAAGUAUGUGAUCAGGGAUUCCAGGUAACUCCGCACACCAAAGAUUCGAACACAAGUCCGAUACCAAUACCACAACGGGACCAAAUCAUGCAGGUAUCAAUUGACGAACUCGAACCGCCUUCCGCUAGUCCCAAUAGGAAAUCGUGGCACGCGGGAACUAGCAUAUUUUCCAAAUUGUUCAAGAGUAAAGGCCCCAGCGCUAACAACAGUGAACAUGACAUACUCGCGUCCGUGUCGAGUGACAUACAGUCACAAGACGCUAGCACAGAGACCGUAUCUGUUCUUUUGUGUGACAAGGAGACGGGGACACCCCGGACAACAACCUCGGAUAACUGGACUAUCACUCCGACCCCUGUAAUGGUCAAUACGGGUAUAUCACCAACACGUCCAGCCACGAUGGACACUGGCGUGGAGACCACGAAAGUGACAUCAAUGGACCAAGCCACAUAUACAGAGACCAAGCAGUACAGGGACAGUGAAACGGAAACCAUAGUGGUUGUCCAGGAUAACGAAACCCUGACAGAGAGGGUCAAAAUGCAGGACGCGCAAACGUCCGUACAGAUACCACAGGAGACGGGCGAAACAAAUACGGACCCUGUAAGAGUACAGGACGCUACUAUGUCCACUGACGAGGACUGGUACGAGAAACUCAAGCCUAUGUCAAACUCAGUGUGCACAGAGACUCUACCCCCAGAUGUAAUGAGUAGUAGUACUAACACGGUCGCCAUACAAAACUCUGAUAUAUCGACGAAUAUAUCGUCUGAGGAGCUUGUUCCGCGUAUGGACAGCUCGACCACAACCACGCCGACCAACACGCAGGAGAGAGGGACGAUGGCUCUGUCUUUCGGACAGACGGCCGCCCCUUUGAUCGAUGUAAAUACGCAGACUUCAGAAAUUUGUUUCAUCGAUAAGUCUGUCUCUACGUCGGUGGAACUAGAGACAAUAGAAAAAGAUGACGUGGAAUGUACUGACAUGGCGACCUCUACAGAAUCGUUACCCUACAUCGGCCUAAUGAGCGAGAUGGAAGGUGAUGAGCUCUUCCUCAUACCAGAGUCUGCAUUCAACUUAGCGUGUAGUGAACCAAUGGAGGAUGGUCGGGACCUGAUUGAAAUGAUCGACGACUGCACGACGACGGACCUGGUUCCCCUGACCGAGACCUCGUCACAGACCGUCAUAUCAUCGGCGUGGCAAUACGAGGACCCAGACGAGGACCAGCUGUCAGAGUUCGUCAAAACGGAAAAAGACGGCAAGGUCCUAUGUGAUAUCGGAAUCAACACGAUUCCCAAACUGACUUUCGAAAAACAAACGUCGACAAUCGUGAGGCGGAGCUUCUCCCGGGGUACCAUGACAUUAGAUCUGGCAAAGUGCGAUAAGUCCACGAGUACAUUUAGUCAUACACGUCAUAUAGCUGAGACCUGUUUUGGACAGAAGCCGGUCGGUGAUGUCGCUCACAAGGUCUCUUCCACGUGUACCACCGAAUUGGUCGACAUGGCAACUAAUACGGACUCGUCGCUCAUGGAUGAGCGAAUGGCUGCCUGUAUUUCAAAACUACGAAAUGUGUCCGAAAGGCUUCAAAGUCCAACUGGUAAGGUAGCUCCUGACUGCCCAUGGAAACGAUCAGAUAGUACUUCUUCCUCUGAAAGAUCGUUAAUGACUGAUUCUUUUAUCAAAGAUGGCGAUAUAUCACCACGGAAUACGUCUUCCGAUGAUGAACGUCGGAAGAACAUAAUGGACUUAGUAGCACAGACAGAAUCAUUCAGUAAGCCAAGAGACACUCGGCACGACAGCAUGCCGGGAAGGAAAGCUCAGCCUAUCACAACAUUGAAAGGUAAAUUGGCUCCACCAAUGGACGAUCUAGAUCAAAAAUCGAAAAGUUUACCUCGCGAAUACUCGGACGGAUCUCCGAAACUUAGUGGCCGAGUCAGUCCGAGUCGUCUACCCUUGCUCCGCUUUCACUCCGCUCCCGGUAGGAUAGCAACGGUUCCUAAUAAAUCUAUGGCAAAGAUAAGUGUUCCUCCGGGGUGUAAAAUUCCUGUGUGUCAUCAGGCUGGGGCGGAGGGAGACAGUGUGAGUGAAACAGCUACAGUGAAACCCAAACAACCAAAAAGUCCACUGCCAGCCAUAACUGAAUCAAACACCCCUUCGUCAGACUCGGGAUCGAAUGCUUCUUUCAUGUCGGCUGAAUCUGAGAAUUCGACUGACGGAAACAUUGAUUUCGCGUCACUUAGGAUCAAUGUCCCCCCGAACAGGCUGUCUCCAUGCGCCUCCUUCUUGACCGUACCGGAGGAGACAACACCGGACGUAGAUGGGGAGCCGACCGAUAAUCUCCACCAGGAUAAUGUAGACGAUAAGAAACCUGCUGGUUUCAUGCAGAAACUUUUCUCAAAAAAUUCUAAAAAGAAAAAAAAUCCAGCAGAGCCGAUACACCCGCGUCAGAAAAUCAAGCAGCAGCAGCAGCAACAACAGCCUCCGCCGCCGCCUCCUCCGCGGCAUUCCUCGGGCAAGAAGUUCGUGAAGCCCCCUGCCGUAGAACAACCGAAACCUAAGUCUCCCAAGCCGAAAAAGAAACAGGCUUUCGUGUACGUCCGUCAGAGGAUGUUCUCAAUACAACAGGAUAACGUGGAGGAUUUAAAAGAUCAAAAGAAAGAUUCGAGUAUUAAAACAUCACAGACGAGUAGUGAGAAAAGGAAAUCAGGGACCAAAUCCCAACCGAACAAGUCCAAGUCGGACAGCGACCGUCCUCCGUCCCAAUACGACAACCUGUAAACACUGCGGAACAACAACAUGGCAUGCACAGCCAACUGUGAAGGAGGAAAACCUAACACUUAGUGCACAUCCGAUCUAUAUUCUGUUUCAUGAUAUGUAAUGAGCAUUGAUUUACUAUUUUAAUCUUCGUUGACAAAAUUAUCGUGGCGUUUUCUGACGCACUCUAAUGAGUUGAUAGAUGUAUUUGUUAAAAUCAAAUUUUUAAUAUAUACAAAAAGUAAAUUUCUUAUUUCUUAAGUAAAAAAAUCCUUAAUGAAUGUCUAAUGAACGCUGUCUUUUUUCAAGUCGAAUCAAUACUGGACUCAUAUAUACGUUACUUCAUGCAUCAGAUCUCAACCCCCACCCCCAUCUGGGGCCCCAACCCGUCAAGAUGUUUCGUGACGAUACAGAAUGUAAUAAAUGUGAUAAUGUUUGAGUGGACAACCUAUUCUCAAUACUGAAGACACCAUCAAUAAAUCAUUAAGGAUUAGAUGUACGUAUGCAAUUAAAUGAUAACAUCGAUAUGUUUGGCACCGUCAAAUAUUAAAUAAUGAGUAAAAAGUAACUGGCGACUUUGACUGCAAAAGAAACAGAUACUUUGAUUAGCUCUUGGUGAGGAAUCAACUUAGAAAAUACUGUUUUAUAACAUCCUGUAUCUAUUUCGUGUCUGGACCUACUGAGGCUGAGAAAGUGAAGCUCCGUGACCUGUUAGUGAUUUGAAAUGAAGUCGGACAGCGUUCGGUUUAACCGACUUAAUGUUUCAAAAGAUUUCAUUCCAGCCAAUUGCGAACUACGUCAAUCAUAUGCAUAACGAUAUGGGCAAUAUAUAAAAACUGUUUUAAUACAUUUGUACCAAAAACGUUUUAGGAACCCUACCUUGUAUUGAUAGUGUUGGACGAUGGUCAUUCCUGCUAUGUAAUUAGGCUAGUAUAUUAUCAGUGUUAUUACAAUUGGGAGCAACGGGAUAUCGUAUCUACACCGAGGGUUUGUCAUGUAAACUUGGAAAUUCUGGACACGCCCAUUUUACACGUGUAUUCAGUGUUACACUUGUAUUUUAGUUGCACAAUAAUUUAUACAUUGUAUUACCAUUUUUAUACUCUGUAGUUUUUAACAUAUAUACAUCCAGCAGGCAAUACUACCCAAACUGUGAUAGUGUCCAAGCGAUUUAGAUAGACAAUCAUUUAACUGUGAUAAUAUAUAUAUAUAUAAGUAGAGUUUCAUUAUAGCAGUCACCUGUCUAUAUACACACUACCAUAUUAAUUUAAUUAGUACAAAGAGGUUGUUAUUCGCGUUUGUCUUGAACAUAUUUAAGUUGUGUCAUUAGCAAAUAUUACCUCAAUAUAUAUAGCUGUCAGUUUCAUAAAGUGCGACAUAUCGGGGUUUUUUCACAGAAGAAAAAGGUUAAAGUACCUAAAUGUGGAAUAUGCACUUUGUCAAUAGGUGAUGCUCAUUGACAAUUGACGAUUAAAAAACUCAGAGAAUCAUGGGAAAGCUUCUUCCAAAAUUAUUAUUUAAUUGAUAUAUACUUGAUUUCUUCCACAAUUAAACCAAAUGGAGAAUAUAAAAGAUGUUUUAAUGUUGUAUAGGCCCAAUCCUUCAAUGCAAUCUCAUUAGAUGAAAACUUGGAAAAUACUGAUCAGGGUGAAUGGCUUCUUACGUAAGGCAAUAUAUAAGUGCCAUAUUGGUUGUUAGGUGAUAGGAAAAUUGUCACCGUGAUAAAAUUGCAUGUAGAUACUCAAUAAAACAUGUAUCCCAUGCUACAUUGGAUAUGCAAAUACUUGUCACAAGAAGACAUUGAAGGAUCUUGAAGUGUUGUCAAUGUUUGGGAAGUUUUCGAAAUCGUCAAUUCUUUGAGUACAGAUUGAAAUGUGGGAGUUUUUGAAAAUGUAAGUCACAUGAGAUUUCAGUUUCACGUCUUCAAUGUAAAAAUAUUAUACUGUACCAUAUCCAAACCUGUUCAUAUCAAUAGUAAUUGUAAAGAUUAAGAAUGAGUCGUGUGUGCAUGUGCAAUCAGUUUCACCUCAUCUUACCAAUAGGUAUUGACAUGUUCCGAAAGGUCUUACAAAUAAGUAUAGACAUGUUCCGAAAGGUAGUCCUACACAGAACUGACAUUUCCCAUUUCCCGAGAGGUAAUGAGUUAUGACGGUAAUAUAAUAUACUUGCAGUAUAUAAAUGUACACCCAUUGUUUGUAUCUUCAGGGUUUGUAAUCAAAUUGCUAGUUUUUACAAAGUAUAUUUUCAAUAUAUAGAAUCACAC